GCACGGAAACGGAUUCAUGACGAUCUUCACGUGGUGGAAAAGGCAAUGCUGUCAAAGCUCGUUCUCGGCAUUUCUUUACAUUUGUGGUCCACUGUUGACAUGGGUGCCGAUUUUUGACUUAGGAGAGACUUCGUCCGCGGUUUGUGUCCCUCUGGGUUUUUUCUUACGCUGCAUUUUCGCCUUACUGUCAGCACGCCGGAUACGUCGGUUGAUUGCCAGACACUUGUCAAGGACUGCCAAGAAAGGCAUGGCCAAUGACCAAGUAGACGUUCGUGAAAGUGACGACCAACGCAGAAUCACGAUGUGUGGUAGAUUAAGCAAGAUACUCUCCGAUGGCCUGAGAACCUAUGGCAAGAAAGGCCAAGAACAAGCGAACGAAAGUGACAGCCGAGAGCCCGAACAGGGCCAGACCGACCAAGAAGAGUCGAGUAACCAAGGCCGUCAAGAUGUCCGACAAAUCCUUCAAGAUGUUGUCGCGAAAGUUGAGGCCCGGUAUUACCAGUCGGACCAGGAAUGCUCACGGUGGACCCGUGGGCUCCACGUUUGGAUCGCCGUAUUGUGGGUCGUCGCGGCCGUAGGGGCCAUUGUCGCGGCGUCGGGUAACGAAUCAUCGGGCUUCGAAGAUUGCCAGCGUCAACCUUUCCAGCCCCACGCGCUGGCCUGCGAGCGGGAUGCCCUCAUCAUGACUACCAGUUCUCACCAGGAUGGAUACAUGGCCUUCAACUUUUCCGAGAAUGUGCUGGUGCCAGCAUGGCGGAUUUCCCGACGAGACCGUUUACCGGUUGACGCCAGUCGACUGCAAGCACCCCACCGAUGGAGGGUCUCGGCGGAUCUCAUCGUGGCCUGUCAGGGUGGGCGGUGCAGGCCGUUGGGGUUGCCCGUCCGAUGGCGGCAGCGAGCAGUCGGAGCCUGCUGGACUUGCACGUGUGAGCUCGAUCUCGGCGGGGCAUAG